AUGAUCACCGCCCCGAGGCUGUCAACCCGCUCUGUGCGGGCUCUCCCCGCAUUCCGAGGUCAGAGACAGUUUAGCUCCGCACGCCCAUCGUUGAAGGAGGUUCAAGAAGCAUACAUCCUCAGUGCCGCUCGUACACCAACUGCCAAGUUCAAUGGCUCCUUUGCCUCGGUUUCGGCUCCCCAACUCGGCGCGGUCGCCAUCAAGUCGGCUCUAAGCAAAAGCAAUGUCCCCAUGGAGAAGAUCACCGAUGUGUAUAUGGGAAAUGUUCUGCAGGGAUCGGUCGGUCAGGCUCCCGCUCGUCAAGCUUCCAUCUUUGCUGGCCUACCUUCCACCGUCGAGUCCAUGACAGUCAAUAAGGUGUGCGCCUCAGGUUUGAAAGCCGUUGCAUUGGCCGCCCAGAACAUUCAACUCGGUCUAGCCGAGGCACAAGUUGCUGGUGGUAUGGAGAACAUGACUCGGGUGCCUUACUACAUGCCUCGAUCAAGCCAACUACCCCCCUUCGGUGAGAUCAAGCUGGAGGACGGUUUGAUCAAGGAUGGGCUCUGGGAUGUGUACAACCAGUUUCACAUGGGAAUCUGCGCAGAGCAGACCGCUAAGAAGUAUGAUGUUUCACGAGAGGAUCAAGAUCAAUACGCUAUUCAAUCCUAUGAGCGAGCCCAGGCAGCCUGGAAAGCAGACAAGUUCGCCGACGAGAUUGCCCCCGUCACUGUCAAGGGAAAGAAGGGUGACACCGUCAUUGAAAAGGAUGAGGGCUUUGAGAACUUGCGUGUCGACAAGCUGACUAGCCUGAAACCUGCUUUCCUGCGGGAUGGUACUGGUACCGUGACUGCUGGCAAUGCCUCGACCAUGAACGACGGCGCAUCGGCGCUAGUUCUCGCCAACAAGGAGAUUGCUCGGGAAUUUGGCACCGGUGGCCGAGUUCUGGCUCGCAUUGUGUCGACCGCUGAUGCGGCCAUUGACCCUGUUGACUUCCCUGUGGCCCCAGCCAAGGCUGUCCCUAUCGCUCUGGCCCGAGCCGGUAUCACUAAGGACCAAGUUGCCGUAUGGGAGUUCAACGAGGCUUUCGCCGCUGUGAUCAAGGCCAAUGAGAAGAUUCUCGGUCUCGAGGGUGCCAAUGUGAACAUGCUUGGCGGUGCUAUCUCUCUGGGCCAUGCUCUUGGAAGUUCCGGUUCUCGUAUUCUCGUCACUCUGCUUCACCAGCUGCAGCCUGGCGAGUACGGUGUGGCGGCCAUUUGCAACGGUGGUGGUGCAGCGAGUGCCAUGGUUGUCCAGAAGCUGGAUCGCGUAGACUAA